GUUAGUGAGAUGCACUUGUGGAGGCUCAGAAAACGGCAGGCGUUAUGUGAGUUUUUCAAGUUUCGAACAUGGGUUGUUGCUUCAGCAAAGAAUUAAGUAGUGAAAAUGACAAUGAAAAAACUGGCCUUUUACAAAAAUCUGUGGAGGAGAAGGAACCGGAGAACAAGAUAAGUAAAACUUUAUCUUCAUUAUUUGAUACCCUUGAAGGUGAGGAGCUUCACAAUGUUGGACAUGGAGCCAGCGGGGCAGCUGCUGGAGCCAAUACACGGACAAGGGCUUGUGCAAGGCCUGGGCACAAACAAGGUCACAGACCAAGACAGUUGUUUAACUCUUUUUCCUUUUCAAUGUAUAAGUUCUUAACUAGGUAUGAAAAUUUAGAUGAGACUGACAAGAACCCAGAUACAGUUGUUAUUGAGCAGGAUUGUAAAAAUGCCUGCGGUACUCGGUGUGUGGGCACUGACAGUAAAUGGGGUUUCUCUGAGAGUGUUUGCUCUGAAGAUGGCGAGUCUCUUUCCUGUGUCCUGGUGCCUUCCUACCAGGGCAUGCGGGAAGUAGCCCUUGUAAAUUACCAUUUGUGCCGUUGCCCAGCCACCUGUGAAAACUCUGUGAUGGAGAAAGAAGUAGCCAUAAAUGUUCGCAUCAGCAGUGAUGAUGAGAAUAACUCUUUAGGUAUGUCUGGUAGGGAGACAAAGGAUGAAAACCGUAUUUGUGUUGAUCACAAACGAUGUAGGAAUUCAAGAGAGAGCGAGUUUUACAGUAUUUGUGUUGUAGAUGCUGACUGCCUGGAUGUUGAAGACGAAUUGUGUACUCGGGUAUGUGGAGCAGCUGCAGCAGAAGAGAGUCAUUCAGCUGUCACCUCUGAGGGGACUCGCAGAGGGGCCUGGCCAGCAGAUAACACUGCACAAAGGCCAGGGGAGUUAGAGGCACUGCAGAAAGAGCUGUCCCCAGAGGGCAUGCCGGGUGCAAAUGAAAUGAAGGAAGUCUUUAAUGAGAAAACUAAACUUAGUUCUGAGCUUGUGACUGACAGUGACCCACCCUGUAAAGUAAAUGCUGAUGACACGCAGGCUGAGUCUUUCAGGGCCAGCACUUACACCAGGUUCCCUGAAGAUUACACAGAAAGUAAUGCAUUACCUAACGUCGGCAUACUCCCUGAGUUACAUAUUAACAUAGACGUGCUGGAGUCUAGUGUGUGUGCAGUCCCUAAAGAAAGAGAGAGCUGUAGUUCAGAACUAGUAAGUCCGAUGGGUGAUUCGAAUGUUAAUUUAGUUAAUGACACUUCAAAUGUGGAAAAAAAUGGUGAGUCUGGGACUGUAACAGCUAGUGUAGAUCAGAAUUUAAACUCUGAAAAGGAAGGAGAAAAUAACUCUGUAAAACCACUAAAAGAUAAUCAUUGUUCCACCUUAGAUAUUAACAGAUCAGCCAGUAGUCUCCUUUCCAUAAAUCUGGAUAGAAUUAAUUUAAGUUCAAGAAGAUGUAUCACUUCAUUGAGCUUUGGAAAUGAGCAUAUUCCCAUUCAUGCUAAUUUCCAAGAAACAGCCCCUAACAGAAUUGCUGGUUCCGGACCUGAACACCUCCUGGGGCCAGUGAUUGAGGAGCAGCACUGGGGGGACUAUAGCCUGGAAACUGGGAGCAUCCAGCUUUCAAACAAAGGAGAGUCGUUUUUGGAAUCUGAAAAUAGAUCAUCUUAUCAAGAUGAGGAUAAAAUUAGCAUUUUUGAAGAUGAAGGUUGUGGUAAGAGGGCUUUUGAAUGGAGACCUUCGUGUCAGGUAGAUCUCUUUGUAGGUGCUGGGGCCGGCAAGGUCCAGGCACAGAUCUGUGAUUUAACUCAUGCAAUGCGGGAAACAGAAGAGGAGAGAAUGUUCCAAAGAAUAGACACCAUGGGACUCAGAAGUUCACAGGAAGCGCCCUCAGAUGACGAGUCACUUGAUGGCGCCAGAUGUCGUAAGAAUAACUUUAUUUCCUCUGCAUUUAUUUUCACUUGCACUGAAGAAGAAAGUGAAACAGGCCUGAAUUAUAAAGCAGAAGGUAAAAUGUGUGUGCAUAGUUCAGGGAGUGACCUUGACAGAUUAGAAAGUGCUGAAAAAGAAUCACAAAAAGCUAAUCCCAGAGAGAGAAGUAAAAAUGAUAUAGAAAAUGUCAAAUCAGACUCUAAAACAACCUUUGACUGGGAAACAGAUACCCUAAAAUGCAAGGCAGCACCCAUUCAGGAUGUACUGGCUUGUGCUGGUUCUAGGAUAACAGAAAUCCCUGAUUUUGAAACAAAUCAAAUAGAAAAAAAUAAUGAAAGCCAUAGAGUGAGUGACUACAGAUGUGAAGAUCUUAAUCUUGUACCACCUUUAAACCAAAGUUCGAAUUCAGCUGUACAGAGGUCGGAAGUAGAGAUUGACUCUGUUAACAGUGAUAGAAAUCUGGGACUGAAGCAGGUUUUCUCCGAAUCAGCCAGAGAAGUUUCUGGUGGCUUUGGUAGUGCGUCGGGGGUGAGCGAACCAAAACUAACAGAUAAGGAAGAAGAAAAGAGACUUUAUUUGGAGAAAGACAGCAGUGAUCCCAGCAUCGUCGACUGUGUAGGUCCAUGUGGGGCAAGCAGACAUGCACAGCACUGCACACAAGGAAAUGUUGAGCCCACCAUUAAAGGACCCACGUUAAACAGUGGAGUGGAUUUUCUGGGACGCCCAGAGGUGAUUUUUGGAAAAAUGGAGUUGUGUGACACUCUUGAGGGGCAUUCUUGUUUGGCUGGUGUCGAUUCUGCCCUAGUGGACAGAUACACAGCUGCUCCUCGUGAUAUACUGCAGGUAGUUCCUGUCAUCCCAGGUGACAGCAGAGAGGACCAUGUUUUAUCAUUCACAGAAGAUGCUGUACAUAUAGCUGAAAACCCCUCAAAAGGGGAUUUGCAGAGCUUCCCAGAGAAAUUGUACUCCCAGUGUUUGAAUGAACUUUCCUGUUACCCGAUGGGAGGCUUGUCAAGCCAGAUAUUUUCCGAAAGACUGGCAAAUGGUUGUGGAUAUCAAGGGGGCUGUCUGUGGACUGGUACUGUUGCAAAAGGCGGGUUAGAAGAUGAACAGAUGUUCAGUGACGACCUGCGCAGUGAGCGGCAGGACUUAGAGAUCACCUUGUUUUGGAUGGAAAAGCCCCCUCAUCAGCCUCCAGUGGCACAAGAUGGUGUUAUUUGGGGAUGGCAAAACAGAGGUGGACAGUUAGUACCAACAGCCAAGGUAUCAGAGCUCAACCCUAAUGCAAAAGUGUGGGGGACUCACAUGCUACAUGUGGAAGCAAGUAGUGCAGCAGACAGCGGUGUGAGUGCAGCUUGGGAGGAGACGCACGGCCGUCGCACAGACAGCGGCCAGGAGGGAUUGGAUGCCAAUGGUGAUGGUGACAAAAGUCAUGACAAUGCAGCACUAUCAGAUUUACAGGAGUCAAACCAAACAGCUAUGAACACUUUGGCUCUGGAUCACUCAGAAUAUGAGUCUCCACCUGAAAAUAGCGAAACAGGAGGAAAUGAGUCUCAACCAGAAAGCCAGGAAGACCCUCGAGAAGUACUUAAGAAAACAUUGGAAUUCUGCUUAUCUAGGGAGAACCUUGCUAGUGACAUGUACCUUAUAUCGCAGAUGGACAGUGAUCAGUACGUGCCAAUCACCACGGUAGCUAACCUGGACCACAUCAAGAAGCUCAGCACCGACAUGGACUUGAUUGUCGAAGUGCUGAGAUCUUUACCUUUAGUCCAAGUGGAUGAGAAGGGAGAAAAAGUAAGGCCGAAUCAAAAUCGUUGUAUAGUAAUACUGCGGGAGAUCCCCGAGUCCACCCCUGUAGAAGAAGUAGAAGCACUAUUUAAAGGAGCUAAUUUACCGAAAUUUAUAAACUGUGAAUUUGCCUAUAAUGAUAAUUGGUUUAUUACAUUUGAAACAGAAGCUGAUGCACAGCAGGCUUACAAAUAUUUGCGAGAAGAAGUGAAAACUUUUCAAGGAAAACCAAUUAAGGCACGGAUAAAAGCAAAGGCAAUAGCUAUAAACACAUUUUUGCCAAAGAACGGAUUCAGACCUCUGGACAUGAGCCUUUACACGCAGCAGCGAUACACGGCCUCCUUUUACUUACCUCCGGUCUACGGCCCCCAGCAGCAGUUCCCUCUCUACAGCCUGAUCGCCCCUCAGACGUGGUCGGCAGCGCACAGCUAUCUCGACCCACCCCUGGUAACUCCAUUUCCAAGUACUGGAUUUAUAAAUGGGUUUACGUCUCCAACCUUCAAACCCGCAGCAUCUCCUCUGACUUCACUCAGACAGUAUCCUCCGAGAAGCAGGCAAGUUCUGAAUCCUAGUAAGUCUCAUCUACGCCAUGCCAUUCCCAGUGCAGAGAGGGGACCCGGGCUGUUAGAAAGUCCUUCGAUAUUUAACUUCACUGCGGAUCGGCUACUCAACGGUGUCCGGAGCCCACAAACGAGGCCGACAGGCCAACCUAGAACACGGGUACAGAACCCUCCCACCUAUGCUAAGAGAGACAUUGGAACUGGGCGAGUGGAACAGAGCAGUCUGGAGUCCUCUCCUGGUUUGGGUAGAGGAAGGAAAAAUUCCUUUGGUUACCGGAAGAAAAGGGAGGAAAAGUUUACAAGGAGUCAAACUCAGUCUCCAACGCCACCAAAGCCUCCGUCUCCGAGCUUCGAAUUAGGGCUGUCCAACUUCCCCCCACUGCCUGGGGCAGCAGGCCACUUGAAGACAGAGGACUUGUCUAGCUUGCUGAUAGGAUCAUCAAAAGAAAGGAGCCUCAAUGCGGAUGCAAGCACGAACACUCCUCCCGCAGUGACCCCCCGAGAGCCCUCAGUGCCAGCCCCCUGCACUGUGUCGGCAGCCUGUGCGCGCUCCCCUUCCCCCACCCACCUACCCGAGGAUCCCAAGGUGGUCGAGAAGCAGAGGGAAACCCCAAGUAUGGACAGACUUCCUUCUACCCUGACUACAACUGCAAGUAAAUCGGUGCAGGUGAACGGCGCUGCCACGGAAUUUCGAAAACCCAGCUACGCGGAGAUUUGUCAGAGGACGAGUAGAGAGCCUCCGGUGUCCCCGUUGCAACCCCAAAAAGAACAAAAGCCAAACACUGUCGGUUGUGGGAAGGAAGAAAAGAAGCUCCCUGAGAGAGAGCCCCCUACCCCCAAGUCCAACCCGGGACCACCCAAAGACCAGAGGAGGCCGCCGGGCCGCCGGCCUUCGCCACCGGCCACAGGGAAGCGUCCACACAGAGAACAGAGCACCCCUCCCAAGUCCCCCCAGUGAACGCCGAGGGCUGGGAGGGCUGCGAGGAGUUGAGGUCGCCACAACUAAGCACUGUCCCACUCGGGACCGAGAAUGAGCCGCUGGUUAGGAGCUUGCAGUGGAGAGGAGGCCAUGAGAUGCCUGCAAGUUAUUUUUCUUCUAUGAGUCGGAUUUUCCCCCUCUUGAAAAAAAUCUAUUUUUCAGGAUUUAAUUAAUAUAAACCUUAUUUUAGGUUGGUGCUUAACUGGAGGUGAUGCAUAAGUCUGAUUUUUUUCAGGAUAGAAAAUGCAUUUAUCCUAACAAAUUGAUAUUUUUUAUUAAGCCUCCAUGUGGCUAUGAAUGCAAGCUAUAUAUAGUGAGUUUUUCUAAAUUAAGCGGAACUAUGCUACUUCGUUUUUUAAAAUAACUGGUUAGCAAGUGCAUAUCUCUAAGAUGUCCAUACCGACAGGUGAAGCUGAGGACAGUGGGAUUGAGGGCAUGAGGCGACGCUGUAAGUGGAGCCUGGAGAAGGCAUAGGGUCAGAUCGAGUCACACCCUGGCCUGGGAGUUAUACUUUCAUUCAGAAUCCUAACAAGUGAUUCUAGCAUUUUUUUUUAAAGAGUAUAGCCCGUUUUUGAUCCAUGGGGCAAAAUGAGCCUGCAGAGAGCGCCCAAGAGAGCCUUGAAACCUCAAGUUUGAUGUACUGCAAGCAGUAACCAGCUUCUCACUCCAGUCUCAAGUGGCUAUUAUGUAAGAUAAAUUCAAAGCACAGUGUGAAUAGAAUUAAAUGAAAACAUAAACUUUGCUGCCCACUGACAUGUUAUCGCAAAGUUGUACCCUGAUGUUGUCUUGCUCCCACGAGCUAGCAGGGAGGAUGUGGGAGCCACGGUGGCUCCUGCGUCUCCCCCAUGUUAGUCAGCUCCCGUGGGCACCUUCCCGUACCUCUGAAUCGGCACGCAGACCGAGACGUUGCAUAACUGUGAGAGAAUGGUAUUUGUGGUGCCCCUUUGGUGGUGGAGGAUGAAAACUCCCGCUCUCUUUACCUCCAAGAUGAGGGUCUCAUUGAGCCCUCCUGGGUGUGCUGGGCUCGGAAGAACACGCAUGCACUGAAGCUAGCAGUUUAUAAUAAAGUUAAAUACAAAUUAUUUUGUUUUAAAAUGCCUAAAUUUUUUCUUUGAUUAUUCUAAGCAGCAGACGUUAAAAUAAGACUAUUUCCUGCUAAAUGUAACCAUACAGUUUAUUCCACAAAAUGUUAUUUAAUAAGACUGAGGAUUUUUUUAAAAAAAUUAUUUCCAUCCAAUAUUUAAAGACUUGAAUUUUAUUUAAACUUGAAAAUGACUUUGCCUUAACUUUUGUAUAAGACAGCAUAGAGUUGAUGGAGACCGGCCCCUGGGUUGGCAUGAGUCGAGUACAGAGUUACUCAGUUACGUGGGAUCUGCUGGCGCUAGUUUUACUGAGUAAGCAUACGGUAGUGUGAGAACUAGCAGCAUUGUUUGUAAUAUACCUUGAAGAUCUUAAACAGUUGACCUUUUUCAGAUUGUUGAAAGCCCUGUAAAUGCGGAUAGUCGAUACUGUAUUAAAUAUGUGCACUUGGAGUGUGUGCUUUGCCUGUACAGUUGUAAAUAAUCAGAACAUAUUAAAAAGGUACCCUAAAGAGAAAAUCUGAUAAAAAUUAUUGAUAUAUUAUAAAUGUUGCUAUUGAGCUGGAUGUAGAUAAACUAAAUGUUGUGGUUUGAAUAUUAUUUUAAUUUGUUGAGGUUUUUUCCUUUUUCUCCUAUGCCGGUGUGUUGAACUGAUUCUGCCUCUUUGCUGCUGCAAAAGGGAAAUGGAAAGUCUUAUUAAAGCCUUCAGAUGUCUUCAUGCUCUUCUUAAAAGUAUGUAAAUAUGUACUAAUCAUAGCUGAUGUGAAAGGGUUUUGAAGUAUAAUAUUGAAAGCAGACACUUGCAGGGUCUGCAAGGGAAAGUAAAAAUAAUCUACUGCUUAAAUCUGGAAUAGCUGAGUAUGAUUUCCCCUGCCAGAGGGAAAGGCGCCCUGGUGCAUUUGACCAUCUCCUUCAUUCAGUACCUAGAAAUACACACAGUGCUAAUAGUUUGCAAAUGCUGGUAAAAGGAAAAUGGGACUUUACUUCUUUGUAGUUGUCAGACUGCUGACUAAAACAUCAGGAAUAACUGACCUCUUACACCCAAACUGAUGAGUACUGUAUACAGCGUUGGAAGGGCAUGCUCCAAGCCCUAGGAAUUCCUUAAUGUCGCAGUCUUUGCUGGAAGAGGGAGCGGAUGUUGUCAGCCAUCAUCAUCCCCCAAAUCACAAACCCUGUGGAGCUGAGACACUGGUUCUCAAUGAUGACAAAUCCUUUCCCUGGAGGCAGGUGUGUGCUAGAGCCAGCUGUAGCGAUCUGCUCUUUGUUGGCAGACAGCAUGACGGUGGGCCCCUGAGGUAGCAGCCAAUCGUGUGGCAGGCGGUGCCUGAGAGGCGCAGGGUGGAAUCUGCUGCGUCCCUGCUGGCUCAGUGUGCUGUGUUUACUGCUCCUGCAGCCAGUCUGUUGCAUCGAGAGUUGAAACCUCGCUCUGAUGUGAUUUUUAUAGCAUCCUUUUUAAUUAAGCAAAGGUAAUAUGCCAAAUACUUCUAUAAUGUCUACAACACGACCUUUCUGACAUUGCUCUGAGAUGUCCCUUCACAGAAAGGAAUGGGAGUUCACAGCGGGAAGCUGUGAUACGGCACACAGACAGCGGCUCCAUCACACGCAGCCAGUAGUGUGUGGCUUUCGUACAUUUUUUAAAAUUUAACUCUUUCCUUUCCCCCAGCAGUAUCUCAAGGUAUAGAAUCAGAUGCAGCAAUCACAAAUGACAUUUUAACUUGUAAAAUUGUGAGGUGAUGCUUGUCAUCUGGAAAUAUGAGAAUCUGGCUUUUUUCACUAGACAUGAAUUUCAAGUAGAAUAGUUCCUUUUUAAGAGUUAGUGUCAUGAUGUUUCUGAUCAGCCCUUCCUGUAAUCACAUCACUGGUUGUCAUUAGCAGGUGGCAAAAGAUGUUUUAUGUUGCUGCGUUAGUCAGGACCGCUGCAGUUUACAUUUAAAAACUGGCUCAGUUUCUGCAAGGGCGGCAGGUGAGGAAGGUGCGUGCCUGUCUUUGUACCAGCCGUCAGUGUGCUCUAGUUAGGGUCCAUGUACUUCAAGGCCUCUUACCCAGAAAGCAGCAGACAAUCGAAGACAGAAGGAGAGCCAACAGCUGCCAAUUCACACAACGCAAGUGUAAUGUGGAAGCUUUCUUGAAGGUUUUUGUUUUUGUUCUAAUUCUUUUCAUUAAGACUGGAAUCAAGCUUACAUGUAAACUAUUGGUAAUUUAAGUUUCCUUUUGUGUCAUUCAGUGUAAAACUGUCUAAUUUGAAAAAAAAUGUAGGUUAUGAAAAAUAAAGAUUUAGGCACUGUUCA